AUGCCACAGGACUCUCCCGUCAUAUCACCCACCAGGACUUUUCAACCGCACACGUGGUGGCAUGUGUUGUUAUACUCGAGUCUUGAGGUAGCCCUAGCGGAUGUGCGGAAGGAGAUCGCGUUCUGCAGGAAAGUGGGCGUGCCAAUCAUUGGCGUGAUAGAGAACAUGAGCGGGUUCGUAUGUCCUGGGUGCAAAACCGAAUCGCAGAUCUUCCCUGCCACCACCGGUGGGGCUGCCCUGAUGUCCGAGAAAUUGGACUGUCCGUUUUUGGGCCGAGUCUCCCUAGACCCGCGAGUGGGUCAGUGCUGUGAUGAAGGGAAGCCAUUCAUCGAGACCUAUCCAGAUACGAUAGUUGCCAAACAGUAUCUGGAUAUUGUGGAACAGUUGAAGGCCUUUUGCGCCCAAUAAGUGCGCCGUGGCACACACUACACUUCCUGCCUACGAUAAGAAGAAAGAGUCCACUCUGCGACCAGGUUGAGGCUAUCUAUUCCAGGGUUUUACUUCUCUGGGUUAGCUGGCGACGUCUGGACCAUUCGCGAGUCGUCCCGAGAUAGAGAAGUGCGUCUAUACUCCAAAGGGCACUCGCGUGAGCAUUGCGAAGUUUUAGUUCCACAAUCCGUGACUACAAACCAGCUGGGGCCGGGGGCCGGUCUCGAUCUGCCCGUGAGUUGUUGUCUUCGGUUGUAUCGGGGCGUUUAGUACUCGGGUGUUGCCAUGACAACGACACACCUAGUAUUAUCAUAAUAAUGAAAGCGUCGUAUAUCUCAUUGGGUUUGCGAGUACGUUAGGGGUAUGAGCGUUCCCUGUUGUACGUCGUGAUUACGUCUUGGUAAGGCUCGUCAUUUGCGCUUCCAUCGGAUUUUAGGGUUUUAGGGUUGCCGGCGGUGGGUCCCUACAGCCGGCAGUCCACUGUGUUACUCUGUGUCUCUCUAUAUUACUGCAAUGGUUCUCUAGUCACAGAUGUAUAAAGGAUUUGUGCCCUUGGCAAGCCGUCGUGUCUGUAUAGAGUUGUACACCAAUGUGCGACUCGGCGUCAUUCUCCGUCGACGAAAACUUGCCACCGGAAAUAAACUUUCUGAUCUCCAAC